AUGGUGCGGUACGUGUUCAACCCGUGGCGGGACCGCGAGGAGCUGUUGCUGGUGCGGCGUCAGUUUUACGGCGAGGAGGCGCAGUCAGGGGCAGCAGCACCAGCAGCACCGGCGACCAGCAGCGUCGAGGAGUCGGCGACGACGGAGGCCGGGACGACGAGCGACCAGCCGAGCCCGACGGCCGCGGCUCUCCGGCGAGAUGAGCAGCAAAAGGCAGUGGCGCGCGUGUCCAUGUGGAUGGCGCGCCAGCACUGCCCGCACAUGGUCGAGUCGACGGCGCUGCUCACAGCCGCCAUGCUGAGUGACGAGGAGGUUGCCGGAGCCGAGGGCGCCAGCGGGUGGUCGACGUACGCCGUGCGGGCGACGUACGCGGCGGCGUUUAGCAGAUUCGUCACGGGGCUGCUUGACGGCCACCAGGACAAGCAGCGCAAGCAGAGCAUGUAUGCCAUCGCCAAGAAGAUUGGCCUGCCGGCGACAUUCGUCGAGCUGCGGCACCAGUCUACGCACGAGCAGCUGCCGUCGCUGGCUAAGCUGCGGUCCAUGGCCCGGAAGGCGCUAGCGUGGAUAUGGGACUACUUUUGGAAGAACCUGGCGGCCGAGGACGCCGCCGCUGGGAACGGCGCCCGCCGUGCUGAUCCGUGUCGCGAUGCUGUCAUGGGGUACCUGCGCGGCGUCGGAGGGAACGACGGAGACGAGGAGGCUCGCACGGCGAGGGCAGUCAGGGAGCUGGGGAGAUGGGACGCAGAGCGCGUGCUGGCGGCCAUUGCUGACUUGCAACGGACGCUUCCAGGCAAUCAGGUCUACUUGAGGUGCUUGAAGCUGUCCAAGGAGGUCAAGCGGGCACAAGAAGACAAGGCCGCUGCGGAGGAGAACACGGCCACCCCCGAGCCGGACACGGCGGGGGAUGUGGAAGAGAAUGCGGCUGAGAUGGCGCUGGGGUGGUCCUUAUACGAGGGCCCAUGGAAGCCAAAGCCCAUUGGCGUGGUGUAA